AAUAACUGCGCACAUUGGUUUCAGAGUUCAGACUAAGUUCAUACUUCAUUGAAUAUUUUGUUUUUAAAAUUUCAGUUCAUUCUACAUUUGAGAAAAUAAAUAUUUUUGUAUAUAUUAUUCCAAGUUGGUAGCCAUAUAGUGAGUGACAAUACGAAUAAUAAUCGAGAUGGACUGCGAAAGUUCAUCAACAACUGAAGAGAAACCCACUGUAAAGCUGGAUGCAAGCAUGAAUUCUCCGGUUUGUCUCAUAGUUUUGGGCAUGGCAGGAUCGGGAAAAACGACGUUCGUAACAAAAUUAGAUUCGUAUUUGCGACAGUACAAAAGAGCUCCGUAUUUGAUCAACAUUGAUCCGGCAUGUAGAAAUAUGCCUUACAAACCCAAUAUAGAUAUCAGAGAUUCUGUAAAGUACAAGAAUGUGAUGAAACGCUAUGGUUUGGGACCAAAUGGCGCCAUUGUCACUGCAUUGAAUUUGUACUCUACAAAAUUCAAUCAGUUGUUAGAUUUACUCGGUAAAGUUAACGUGGAAAACACACAUGAUAUAGCCGUUAUCGAUACUCCGGGACAAAUCGAAGUGUUCACAUGGUCAGCAUCGGGACAAAUUCUAACUGAGUGUUUAGCAUCCACGUUUCCAACUGUUGUCGUUUAUGUGAUGGAUCUCGAAAGAAGUGCUAGCCCUGUAACGUUUAUGUCGAAUAUGUUGUAUGCGUGUUCAGUAUUAUACAAAACAAAGUUACCAUUUAUAGUAGUCUUAAAUAAGUCUGAUAUAGUCGAUCCUACAUGUGCUAUAGAAUGGAUGAGAGAUUUUGAAGUAUUUUGUGAUGCCGUCGAGCAAGAAUCAUCAUAUAUGUCUAAUUUAACGCGCACAAUGGCAUUAACGCUUGAUGAGUUUUACAGUGAAUUGAAGUGUGUACCAGUAUCUUCAGUGACCGGGCAUAAUUUUGAUGAAUUCUUGAAAAUGGUCGAUUCAGCUUCAGAAGAAUUUCAAAAAGAAUACCGUGUCGAAUAUGAAAAGGUGCGAAAAGAUAAAUUACAAGCAGAACUUUCUCAAUUGAACUCAAAGCUCGACAGCUUAGCUGUCAGUAGUGGUGAAGGAGAAAAUGUAGAUCUCAUAAUGUCGUUGAGUGCUGGCCGAGAAAUUUCAGAUAUUUAUUUAGCGCCAAUGGCUGAUGAAUUGUCCGGAGACAGUGAAGGUGAAGAAGUACCUGGUAUAGAUGCGAAUGAUUGAUUCACACCAGCAUAACAAGAAAAUAUCAAUUUUUUUUUUCGCUUGUUUAUACUCAAUACAUUUUUAAGUAAAGAAUGUAUUGCACAUUUACAUUGUAUCACAAUGUGUAAUUUAUUUAAACAUUUACAAACCCAUUGCAUUGUAUACAUGUUUUAUUUGUAAUUAAACAUAAACUAAUGUACUAUUUAUAAAUAUUUUUAUUUUUUGUGUAUUUUAUAUGAAUAUAUAUAUUCUAAUAAUAUAA